AUGCCUGAAUUACUGCUAUCACCAAUUAAAAACGGCCAAUUUAUGAUUUUCUCAAAAAUGACAUUUACUAACAACAUAUGCUUUUAUCUUCAAUCGGGAGAAUGGAACAAAAGAACGGAAAUAAACAUUAACAAAUUGACUGACUCUGCCAAUAACAUGGUUAAAGUCUACAAGUCAGUGAGAGAUCAAUUUCAACUUUUAAAUGAGCAACAAACUGAACAACUGAACAAGGCUGAGAAUUUGACCAUAUGGAUUGACUCAAUCAAGUCAGAUUUGGGCACGGUUUUAACAGUAAUAACAACAAAACAUUUAGCAAUUGUGACCUCGUGUCUGCUCGAAACGAUACUGAACAAGGUGUUCACGCAAUGGCUGGACAUUGACGUAAAGAAGUACAUAUCGCCAGAAGGACAACAGUACAUACUGAGGUCACUAAGAAUAUCGAUGGGUGUGUAUAUUGCCCUGGAGUGGCUGUAUUCAUUCAUAUGGUACAAACCAGCAUGGAAAGUGAUGCUGACUGAGGUAAACGAGCUCAAGAAGGUCAUAGAAAACCCAGUGAUAUACAUCCCCAACAACUCAGUUCAAAACUUCAAGGAGGUCAGAUACACAUUGGACGACUUCGUGGAGAAGUUCGACGGAGACGACAGCGAAUACACCUACGAAUCAGAUGUCAGUAGCUCGGAGUACGAUUCUGAGGAGUUGGGCUCGGAUUCCGAGGGCAUAGUGGAGGAAUACUUAGAAAGUGUCAAGGACCAGUCAUGUGAAUAA